CCGGGCAGCGCAGCGGCGACCAAUCGCGCCGCGCAGGGGGAGGAGCCCCAAAGGGGGAAAAAGAAAGUGCGGCGGAAAGUAAGAGGCUCAUUGGGGGAAGACUGGCCGGAUCAGGGUCCCUGGGCUCGGCUUUGGCCAGACUCACCGAAAGAAGCAGUGUCGGGCGACCCUGCCGCCCGUCCCCACUGGUUCUCUGCGCCCGCUCUGCUUCCCAAGAAAGGAUGGGACUUCUGUGGUGUGUGAUGAGUCUCUACUUCUAUGGGAUCCUGCAAAGUGAUGCCUCAGAACGCUGUGAUGACUGGGGACUAGAUACCAUGAGGCAGAUCCAAGUGUUUGAAGAUGAGCCAGCUCGCCUCAAGUGCCCACUCUUUGAACACUUCUUGAAAUACAACUACAGCACAGCCCACUCAGCUGGCCUGACUCUGAUCUGGUAUUGGACGAGGCAGGACCGGGACCUGGAGGAGCCAAUUAACUUCCGCCUCCCUGACAACCGCAUUAGUAAAGAGAAAGAUGUUCUCUGGUUCCGACCCACCCUCCUCAACGAUACUGGCAACUAUACCUGCAUGUUAAGGAACACCACAUACUGCAGCAAAGUUGCAUUUCCCCUGGAAGUGGUUCAGAAAGACAGCUGCUUCAAUUCCUCCAUGAAACUCCCACUGCACAAGCUGUAUAUAGAGUAUGGUGUUCAGAAGAUCACGUGUCCAAAUGUAGAUGGGUUCUUUCCUUCCACUGUCAAACCAACCAUCACUUGGUACAUGGGCUGUCAGAAAAUACAGAACUUUAAUAAUGUGGUAGCUGAAGGCCUGAACUUGAGUUUUCUCAUCGCCUUGGUUUCGAACAAUGGAGAUUACACAUGUGUUGUUACAUAUCCAGAAAAUGGGCGUACAUUCCAUCUCACUAGGACUCUGACUGUAAAGGUGGUAGGCUCUCCAAAAGAUGCAUUGCCUCCUCAGAUCUAUUCACCCAAUGAUCUUGUGGUCUACGAGAAAGAACCGGGAGAGGAGCUACUCAUCCCCUGUACAGUCUAUUUUACUUUCCUGAAGGACGCUCGCAAUGAGGUUUGGUGGACCAUUGACGGAAAAAAGCCAGACGACACCAACAUUGAUGUAACUGUUAAUGAAAGUAUAAGUUUGACCCCAACCGAAGAUGAAACGAGGACUCAGAUUUUGAACAUCAAAAAAGUUACUGCUGAGGAUCUCAAGCGCAACUAUGUCUGUCAUGCUAGAAAUGCCAAAGGGGAGGUUGACAAAGCAGCCAAGGUGAAACAGAAAGCUCCAAGAUACACAGUGGAAUUAGCAUGUGGUUUUGGAGCCACAGUCCUGCUGGUAGUGAUUCUCAUUGUUGUUUACCACGUUUACUGGCUGGAGAUGGUCUUAUUUUACCGGGCUCAUUUUGGAACAGAUGAAACCAUUUUAGAUGGGAAGGAAUAUGAUAUUUAUGUAUCUUAUGCAAGGAAUGCUGAGGAAGAAGAGUUUGUGUUACUGACCCUCCGUGGUGUCUUGGAGAAUGAAUUUGGAUACAAGCUGUGCAUCUUUGAUCGUGACAGUCUACCUGGGGGAAUUGUCACAGAUGAGACCUUGAGCUUCAUUCAGAAAAGCAGACGCCUCCUGGUUGUCCUAAGCCCCAACUACGUGCUCCAGGGAACCCAAGCUCUUCUGGAGCUCAAGGCUGGCCUAGAAAACAUGGCCUCUCGGGGCAACAUCAACGUCAUUUUAGUACAGUACAAGGCGGUGAAGGAGACGAAGGUGAAAGAGCUGAAGAGGGCUAAGACGGUGCUCACGGUCAUUAAAUGGAAAGGGGAGAAAUCCAAGUACCCACAGGGCAGGUUCUGGAAACAGCUGCAGGUGGCCAUGCCAGUGAAGAAAAGUUCCAGGUGGUCUAGGAGUGGCGAGCAGGGUCUCUCCUAUUCAUCCUUGAAAAAUGUAUGAAAGGGACAAUUAAAUGGGUAAAAAGAACCAAGGGCACUCCGGGAAGGAAGAGUGCCCUUUCUUUACUCCCAGCUUGAUGUUUCACAGACAGAACAGAAUUCUAUCAAAGCCUCCCCAUAGGGACACAUUCAGGGUGACUGUAUGACUGGUCGUUCUACUUCCUCAGGCAAUGCUAUGGUUUAGAAUGGCGCGCCACCAGUCCAUCACCAGGGAAUGACGUCACUAUGUUCUUCGCAGGCAAAGACUUGGUUGAUGUGAAUUUCCUCUUUCUGCAUCCUCUGCCCCUGUUCCCACAUCUCUAUCCCCUCUUUCUCUCUCAUUGUUUAUAAUCUUAACAUUGUGGGGCAGUCUUUUGCUGUGGAUUUCAAGACCCCUUAAAGAUAACUUACCUUUUGACAAGGUCCUUAUGGGUUUCCGAGUCAUUAAAAAGAUGAUCGGUGCCCAAAUUCGUUUGAGCUGACGACAAUGAGCUCUUGUGCUCAUUCUGCUGGGCACUGCCCUGUUGCAGCCCGACUGACACCCACAGAGGACGGUGCGAAGCGGUGUAACUGAAAGUGUUCCUUAUGAUGGUUUGAAAGGGGUUACCGGCAUUUUCUCCUACCAGAUCCCUUGUGCCCUCCAUCUCGGUCAUCGAUGUCACAUUUGUCAACUUGAAAAACAUACCGUAUUUUUCUUUAUUUCAGUAAACUCCUGGAUAUCUGUAGGUCAACCCGUACUUGUCACUUCAUCUUCCCUAUCUACUGUACCUCGUAUCAACCAUUUAGAGUUUGCAGAUGGCUCUACACUUGGUUCAGUCUGACAGGAAGCUUCUAAUGGUGCUAAGAGAGAGUGAAAUAACAGCAAAAUGCUUUUAGGGCAUGUUCUGGCUUGUGAGAAAAGCACAGAACAGGGCGUUCAGCAAUUUGUCUUUUCAUCUUAGCCUUGCUAAUGUGAAUAUUAGAAAAGUGAUUUCUCCUCACGUGUUCUGUCUCUCCACUGUAAAAUGUGGAAGUUAGACUCAGUGACCUUGCAAGUUGCUUUUGGCAUUAAUACUCUAAGAGAAUUAACUGGACCACUCAGUAUUUUCCAUAUUUUAUUCACUGGUACAGUUAAUACACUCAGUCCAAACAUGUCAGUCUGGAAAGUCUCUUCCAUGAAACUUGUUUUACUUUAAGUAAAAUCUUAAGACUUGGAAAAGUGAAAACUAAGUCCAGAGUUUACAGAGUGGUGAAUACCUGCGGUGUACACACACACACACACACACACACACACACACACACACACACACGUAUGUGUAUGCACAUGCCCACGAAUCAUGUAUGUAUAGAUCUACAUUGUAUGUAGAUAUAUACAC